CUCUUAGGUGUUUCCGUGGAGAACAUGACAUCCAAGAUGUAAUUGAGGAGAUGCAGGAGGAGCAGCAAUCUUUGUCGUCUGUGGAGGUGGUUUCUGUCUUCCAGCUUUUAAUGGACCGGACCUUAUUCUGGCAGACUUUGUCUGUUGUUGUGAUCAAUAUGGGUAUGCAGCUGUCUGGAAUAGAUGCUAUUUGGUUCUACACCAACUCAAUAUUUGAGAAUGCUGGUGUCCCUUUAGUUGAGAUCCCAUACACAACAGUGGGGACUGGUGCUAUAGAGAUAUUUGCUGGUCUGAUUGGGUGUUUCACAGUGGAGAAGCUGGGCAGACGGCCUCUUAUCAUCGGUGGAUUUAGUUUCAUGGGAUUUUGUUGUGCUGGUAUAACUAUGGCUUUAGUAUUUCAGGCAAGAGUCGCUUGGAUGCGAUAUGUUAGUGUGGUUUGUGUCAUUGGAAUUAUAGCCGGUUUCUGCAUAGGUCCAGCUGGACUUCCAUUUAUAAUGACAGGAGAGCUCUUCAAGCAAUCUCAUCGCCCAGCAGCAUACAUUGUUGGAGGAACUCUGAACUGGUUGUCCAACUUCACAAUUGGUUUUGUGUUCCCCUUCCUUCAGAGGUCAGCUGGACCCUUCUGUUACCUGGUAUUUUGUGGGGUCUGUCUGUUUGUAGCUGUAUAUGUUUAUUUUGUGAUCCCAGAAACAAAGAAUAAAACCUUUAUGGAAAUAAGUGAAAUGUUCUCCUCUGGAAAACCCCUAUCUACACCUGUGGCUGUGGACAACGUGAAGCUGAAGAAGAUAAAUGGCUAUGGAGCAUUAGAAAGCAGUUCUCUGGAAUUUUCAGUAUCUUGAAAGAGACUGACCUAUGGACUUGGAAGACAUCGUUAAACUCACACCAAGUGUGGCCUCCGAAGGAUGAGAAAGUUGGAAAUAUCUGUAUUGUUCAUGAACUGACAAAUGUCCAUCUUGGGCUUUCUUUCAAUAAGAAAUAUGGUAAUAUUUGUAUAUAAAUACUUAAUACCUUGAAAAUGUGGCUAAAAUAAAUCAUGAUGCCCUUGACAUUAAUAA